ACCAGAGGCCCAUUUUAUUAAUAGAAUUCCCACCAAAUCUUCCACCCUGUCACCACUCAUAAUACAGCCUGGCAUAACACCCAACUACACGACAAACCAAAUCCUACGUGGCACUCUGACUCAUACCUCGCCGCAUCUCCCUCCCUAUAUAUACCCAUCCGCCUUUCCCCAUUCUCCUCCGCUCACUGACUUCGUCAAACCAAAAAACUCAAGUAAAUUCCAAAAUGGGUAUUUGCAUUUCCUCCGAUUCCGUCAACGUGGCCACCGCCAAGCUGAUUCUAACCGACGGCACACUGCUCGAGUUCUCCUACCCAGUUAAGGUCUCCUUUCUCCUACACAAACACCCCGCCACUUUCAUUUGCAACUCCGACGACAUGGACUUCGACGACGCCGUUUACGCCGUCCAUGACGACGACCACCUCCAACUCGGCCACCUUUACUUUGCCCUGCCCUUGGACAGGCUCAACCAGCCGCUGCACCCGGAGGAGAUGGCCGCACUCGCCGUCAAGGCCAGCUCCGCGCUUAUCAAGGCCGGCGCCGGAGGGACUGAAAAAUCUGGAUCUCGACGCACGGCGGUCUCCCCUGUCGCGUUUUCCGACGAGGAGUUUAGGAAGCCUCCCAGAAGGGGUUUGCAGAAGGGGAGUGGUAGGGGUAGAAAAUUUAGGGCGAAGUUGAGUGCAAUUCCGGAAUAAUGUAGUUUCUGUAGGGCUAAUUUUGUAAAUAGGAUGGAGAGGUUGCUUUCUGUGGAUGUUUCGUUUCUUCCGCAUCCCAUGGCAAUGGCAUGAGAUUCUUAGCUGUCACUUUUACAUAUUUACCCCUCAAAUCUUUACAAAUAUCCACAAUUAAUUA